AGUGAUGGGGGAGGGGACAGAGAGAGAGAGUUGAGUGAGCGAGUGAGAGAGAGAGAGGAUUUGUGGCAUGUAGUUAGUCAGCUGUCAUUAGACGCAGAUGACACACACAGGGAGGUAAUCUCGCAGAGAGAAAAGAGAGGAAAUACAAAACCGGUGUGUGUGUGUGUGUGUGUGUUUGUUUGUUGUGCUGUGUUGACUGUGUGCAUGGUGGUGUGAAAAAAAAAAAAACAGUGUGUCAACCUCCGCCGGCAUGGGAUGGUCAGCCGGCUUUGGACUGGUUAUGGACUGGUUUUUACCAAAGCAGAGGUGCUGAUAUUUGCUGAAGAUGAGUAGUGGGGGGGGAAACACCCCGGAGCCCCCCAGAGGGGGAGAAUCUCUGAAGAGGAAGGACUGUCAGUCAGACCUCCUGGGACCGAGCCCGAAGAGGAGCACCGAGAGGAGGAACCGGGAGCAGGAGAACAAGUACAUCGAGGAGCUGGCCGAGUUGAUCUUCGCCAACAUCAACGACAUGGACGACCUCAACGUCAAGCCGGACAAAUGUGCCAUCCUCAAAGAGACGGUGAAGCAGAUCAGGCAGAUCAAGGAGCAGGAUAAAGCUCCAGUGGCUGAUGCCGAGGAGGUGCAGAAGGCCGACGUCUCCUCCACAGGACCGGGCGUCAUCGAUAAAGACACCCUCGGGCCCAUGAUGCUGGAGGCCCUGGACGGCUUCUUCUUCGUGGUCAACAUGGAGGGCAACAUCGUGUUCGUCUCGGAGAACGUCAGCCAGUAUUUGCGCUACCAGCAGGAGGAGCUGAUGAACACCAGCGUCUACAGCGUGCUGCACGUCGGAGAUCACGCCGAGUUAGUCAAGAACCUGCUGCCCAAGAGCCUGGUCAAUCAUCGCAGCAGUGAUUCGUCCAACAGGAACAGCCACACCUUCAACUGUCGUAUGUUGGUCAACCCUCACGCCGACGGCGAAGCCCGGCCGGCGUCCGACCAGCAGGACGCGUCGCAGCAGAAGUACGAGACCAUGCAGUGUUUCGCCGUCUCUGAACCAAAGUCCAUCAAGGAAGAGGGCGAAGACUUCCAGUCGUGUCUCAUCUGUGUGGCCAGAAGAGUGCCGGUCAAAGAGAGACCCGUGAUGCCAUCGUACGAGAGCUUCACCACACGACAGGACCUUCAAGGAAAGAUCACAUCCCUGGACACGAGUCUGCUGCGUGCGUCCAUGAAGCCCGGCUGGGAGGACCUGGUCCGGAGGUGCAUUCAGAGGUUUCACCUGCAGAACGACGGGGAGAUGUCCUUCGCCAAGAAACACCAGCAGGAGGUGUUGAGGAUUGGCCAUGCCCUCAGCCCUCUGUACAGAUUCUCCCUGGCAGACGGCACCCUAGUCUCAGCUCACACCAAGAGCAAGCUGGUCAGAUCUCCUGCCACCAACGAACCACAGCUCUACAUGUCCCUGCACAUCCUGCAGAGGGAGAACAUGGGCGGUAUCCCUGCAGACACACCUGGUAGCCAAGGCGUGACCAAGCCAAUGACCCCAACAAGUAUGAGCGGUCCCUCCCCUUCCCCGGACGCCAGUGUCACCAGCAACUCCCACCACUCCACCGCAGCCUCCGGGGCACAGGGGCGAGCUUUUGGGGCUGCAUCGAGCCGGUCGUCCACGCCUCAGGGAAACGGCCACUCGCUCAAGCUGGGCAGUCCCUCAGCCGCCCAGGGAAGCCCCAGCGUCACCUCGGGGGCUCAGGGCGCCAUGUUGUCUCCUCAUCAUCGCCAAAGCCCCGGCAUGGGGGCCAACAGCAGCAGCAGCAGCUGUAGCAGCCCUCACCUUCCCCAACAUCCACCCGGUUCUUUCUCCCCCGCAGCCGGCGUCUCCUCGCCAGCAUCCGUGUGCAGCAGCACAGGAAACAGCCAAGGGUUCAACUCCCUCAGUGCACUGCAGGCCCUCAGCCAGGGCCAAAGGGUUUCCCAGGGACUCAGCGAGGCGCCACAUCCUGAGUCGCCUGACGGAAAGGCAGCCGGCCUUCAGAGCCCUCUUCAAAGCAGCGGCGCUGGAAGUCAACCGGCCAAGAACAAUCCCAACUUGGACGCCGACUUGUUUGGUUUUGGGGAGCACCAGGACUUGUUGUCAUCCCAAGACCAGGAAGGGGAGCACGGGGAGGAGAAAGACGGUGACCCCGACGGCUUAGAGGAGCUUGGCGACGUCUCAAACCGCCUGCUGAACACAAAAGGACACACUAAACUGCUCCAACUCCUCACCACCAAGCUAGAACCGUCUGAUCCCUGCUCGCCGCCCGCUCUGGGGGACGACCAGAGCUGUAAGGACCAGCUGGCCGGGUUGGGGGGCAUGGGCGGCGCCGGGCACAACAACCACUCCACCUCGUUAAAGGAGAAACACAAGAUUCUCCACAGACUACUGCAGAACAGCACGUCGCCUGUGGAAUUGGCCAAGUUAACAGCCGAGGCUACGGGAAAAGACCCCAUUGGUCCAGAGUCGGCUUCGGGGGACAACAUGGCCGCCCUGGGUGAACUCUGCCCGAAACAGGAGCCUGGGAGCCCCAAAAAGAAGGACAAUGCGUUGCUUCGCUACCUGUUGGACAGGGAUGAUAACGGCAUCCUGGAUAAAGCCAUCAAGAUGGAGCCCAGCGACGGUCCAAAGCUGUCCAGCAUCAAGACGGAGAAACAGGAAGCAGGUUUCAACAUGGCCGACCAGAGCAGUGAGUUGGAGGACCUGCUGGAGGACCUGCAGAGCGGCACCCAGCAGCAGCAGCAGCAGCAGCAGCUGUUUGUGGGUCAGCCACCAGUCAGAAGACCAGCCUCGUCCUCCUCCUCCUCUGUGCCGCCUGGUUCCUCUGUGGACAAACAGACCAUCAUCAGCAACAUCCUGCAGAUGACAGAAAGCAGCAGCAGCAGCAGCAGCCCCCCGAGCCAGCCGAGACCUUUCCCCCCUCUCCCCACCGCAACAGGCUUUAACGGUGCCAGACCAGGCCAGCCGGGUCGAGGUGCUCCUCCGGUCAGGAGCGCAUCUCUGGACGGCAGCAUCGGGCCCAACCCCAACGCUGGCAGGCCGUUUCCUCCUCAGCACAGAAACAACGCCCCCUACUCCUUACUGCAGCAUCAGCAACAGCAAGGCAUGAUGGGAGCCCAUGCAGGCAUGGCCAAUCCAGGCAUGCUGAGUAAUGGGUCCAUGCGGGGCCCUAUGCAGCAGGGUUGGGGUCCCCACGGGCCCUUAGGGGGAAACGCAGGGACGAUGAUGGGUCAGGGUGUCGGACCGGGCCGCAUGGUCCCAAACAUGAACACAGCUAUGCCCACUAGAGGCCCGCCUGGAUCCAGAGCCAUGGUCAACAUGCAGAUGAUGGGCAACGAGAUGGAGAUGGCAAGCCCUGCCUACCCUCAGCAACAAGCUCCGCCCAAUCAGACUGCACCGUGGCCAGACCGUAUGAUGUCUAUGGAUCACUAUGGAAACCAAAGCAGGCCACCGUACGGCGUCCCCCAGGGGGAUGGGAUGGGAUGCUGCGGCACAGGGCCUGAGGGUCCGCCUGAUGAAGGAGCCCUGCUGAACCAGCUGUGCUCAGUCUUGAAGGACUUUGAGGGUCUGGAGGAGAUCGACAAGAUGCUGGGAAUCCCAACGCUGGCUGGACAGGGUCCUCUGUCAGACCACGACCAGUACCUCGGCCCCCCAGACCCGUCAGCCACCAUGAAGCCUCUCCUGUACAAUCAACAACACUACGGCGGGCAGUCCGGUUACGGCGGCAUGCCCCCUGACGGCGGCUACCACGGCCCCACAAUGGGCGGCCACAUGGUACCUCAGAGGAUGCCGCCCGCCGGUUACCCCCCGAUGAUGAGAAUGCCGGGGAGCGUGGGGCCCAGACCGGCCGGGAUGAGACCAGGGGGGCCGAAUCCGGGAGUGCCACCUCAGCCCAACAACCUGAGGCUCCAGCUGCAGCACAGACUCCAGGCACAGCUGAACCGUCAGCCGAUGGUGAACCAGAUGAGCGGAGUGUCCAACAUGAAUCUACCUCUCAGGUCUAAUGUACCAAACCAGGGAACCCUCAACGCUCAGAUGCUGGCUCAGCGUCAGCGCGAGUACCUCAGCAACCACCUGCGCCAACGCCAACAGCAGCAGCAGCAGCACGUGCACCAGCAGCGUGCCAUGAUGAUGCGCACUCAGGGCGCCGGCGCUCCGACGCCGAUGUCCAUGGGCGGCGCCAACCCGCGGCUCCCGCAGGGCAACCCGCAGCAGUUCCCCUACCCGGCCUCCUCCAGCUACGGUACCGGCCUGCCCUCUCCUCCUCCUCACCCCAGCUCCACCAGCCCCUUCUCCUCCCCUCUCUCCCCCGGCCAUCACCUGGCUUCCCAGGGCAUGAUGGGAAACGUUGGCGGGCAGUACGGCGGUGUUAUGAGUCCGCCGGCGCAGCACAGUGCCUACCAGUUCAGCAGUUCAGCAAUGAGCCAGCAGCAGCAGCAGCACCAGGACGCAGUGUCAGGCUUCCCAUGUGGGGCCGCGACCCCUCAGAGCCCCAUGCUGUCCCCCAGGAUGGGGCAGGGCCAAAGCCCCAUGCUGCAGCACAACCAGGGCCAACCCCAAAGCCAGGGCGCCAACCAGGGAGGAGCACCGGGGUACCAGCCCGGCAGCGAGCUCAACGGGUGGCACCAACCCGCCAACGUCUCCACCAGCAACAGCAUGUACCCCCAGCAGUCCCAGUCCCAGUACUCUGCACAACCCAGCGGAGGAAUGUACAACAACAACAACAACAACAACAACAGCAACAACAUGAACCUGGGAGUUAUGGCGAGCAACGGCGGCAACAUGAACCAGAUGUCAGCCCAGGUGAGCUCCAUGAAUACAGAGCAGGUGUGUGACAGCAUCCUGGGGCAGCUCGCGGAAAUUGACAUGUUGACACAAGAUGGUGAAGCCAAUUCGAAUUUCUGCUGACCCCGGCUACCACUGAGAAAAGGUAACACAGGAGCUCACUGCAAAAAAAAACAAACACUCAAACCUGCUCAGCUCAGCUACUGGAUCAGCUUUGAGGACACGUGAUGGAAACACUUGUUUUUUGUCUCCGUCAUACCAGCCGACUCAGAGGCUCAACGAGGACAAAUAUAUAUAUAUAAAAGACAGAGUUGUAAAGUUUAGUUUGCAGGUUUGUGUGUGUGUGUGUGUGUGUGGAACUGAAACAGAUGUAAUGAUGUCACAGUUUGAGACGGGAGAGCCGAAUGGUUGACGAGCACGAAUGAAACCUCUGGAUUUUUAUCUUUAACGGUUCUUUUUCAGAGGACGGUCGAAUGAAAAAAAGGUUUAUGAAAAAAUAUUUUACAAUUAUUUAUAGUUUUGAAAGAACUUUUAGAGAUUAUUUGUACAACAUGAAGAAGAAAAAAAAAUCAAAGACGUGUUUCUUUAAGGAAAUCUCCCUAAAUGGUACAUCAUGAUGUCGAUUUAAAAAUUAAUAUAUUUCAACUGCUGUAGUUACAGGGGAGCUGUAUCCCCCCAUACGAUGACUUUUUGAAUGAAGGUGAAUGUGUAUAGAUAGUGUAAAUACAAAGAUUUAUAAUACCCACUGUUCUCCUCAGUGACAUUGUAGAGCAGCAGUUUAAGAGUCCUGCAAACAUUUCUAUUUUUAUUGGUUAAACUGUACCUCAGUGGGCGGAGCUAAAAUACCUGCAAGGCUCAUCCUUUGCUGGAUCCAAUGGCGGUAAAGUUACAUACAUGUUCUUGUAGUCUGAUGUUUUAAGAAACUUGGUGUGUCAGCGUGUUAGCUACACAUUCAGUGAGCCAUAAUUAUCUGAAAAGAGCUGUGUAACGCGCUCUCCUAGCGUAGCGUCACCCCUUUAUUUUAAGCAACUCUGAAGCGUAGACAAGCUAACUAGCCUACCCAGUUAGGUGUGUAUAAGCGGUCUCACGGUCUCCAUGUCUCCAAAAUAAAACACACAGAUCAAAACAUAACAAAAAGUUUAAAAUGCAAUGCACUGAUUUUUACAUUUCAAAAUGUAAGCUGAUCAGCAUGCUAGCUAUCCGGCUUUUCUAGCUAGCUCCUGCCAUCUCUCUACAGGUACUUUACAUCUGAAAGCUAAGCUAAGCUAACUAGCAAACCUGCUUAGCCUAGAAUCGUUAGCUUAAAGAGCAACAUGCAGGUUGGAGACCUUCCUGAAUCAGUUAGUAUGAAAGUAACUUAAACAUUCAACAAACUGUAUUAAAGACUCAGUCACUCCUGUACUCACUUUUGUGCGUUUGCAUUAAAAACAGACGACCGCUGGACUGAAAAUGGACGCUUUUUCAUCUAAAUUGGUGCCUUUUUUUGUAAAACAUUUAAAAUCAAUUAAGGACUAAUUAAAACAAGGUGACGUUUUAAUGUAAACAAAUAAAUAACCUGCAAGUUGCUCUUUAAAUCAUUCCUCUUUAUUUUCUUAUCGCUUUUCUUUUUAGACGUCAGGACGGCGAUGUUUGUACGUCAGUCAUUUGAUUUAAUUUCGAUCCUUUUCAGAGGGAAAUGUCUAACUAUCGGAUGUGUUGAGGUGAAAUUCAGUACAGACAUUCAUUUGAACACAGAAAACAUUAAUCCCUUGACUUUUCCUUUAGCACCAUCAUCAGGUUAGCAUUGUGAUUGGUGACCAGAUUCCUGCAGAACUAACACCAUUCCCAUCUGUUUUUGACUGUAUGUCAUGUCUGCAUGCUAACAUGCUAACAUGCUACAUGGUAGAACAACUGUCCUCGUGUUGACUUUUAGUUUAGUCCAAACGUUUUUAAGCAGGAAGUAGCUUUAUUUGCUCCGCCCACUGACCAUUAACCAAUGAGAUAUGUUCACCUCUAAAGCAGCUUUUCCUUGAAGAAAAUAUACAAACAACGAAUGAAACUCUGUGUUACUGCGAUCAUUUAAAAAAACCACUUCCUGGUUGUGAUGAACCUGCACGUCACGCUGAAGGACAAAUUCAAUGAGCGUCGUUUUGUGUGUGUGUUGGGUCUCUGUGUGGGUGAAGCUGUGACCCACUCUGUGUACUACUGUUCAUGAAUACGAGUUAAAAGCAGAAUGUGAAGUUUUGCAUCAACGAUAAAGAAGAGCCGGCGAUCCUCGAACCCUAACAAUCCAAAGUUAUAAAAACGUUUGAACAGUUUCUUCAGAUCACUUCCAAAAGGUGCUGUCUGUCUCUCUCUCUCUUUUCAUGAGGUGCUGUCUCUUAUAACUGUAACUGUCCAUGAAUCUCUUGAAUCUAGAUGCUCCAAACAAAGACGAAUACGAUGACUCCCCCCGCCCUCCCCCCCCUCCUCUCACAAGAGAAGAAGAAUGUGAAAAUGCAAACCGACUGCAAAACAAAAAAACACUGAAAAUAGCUUCUUUUUUUUUUCUUUAUCCGGGAAAACGUUGAUCCCAUUUUUCCCCUUCGUGUCCAAUCAGCUCACGUCGACUCCCGUUUGUAAAAUCCCAAAGAUUUGAGGGAGAAAACGUGAAGCCAUGAAAAUGAAUCGUGAAUGUCAAACUCAAAGUUUCAAACACAAUCAAAGAGCGGACGUAAAGCUACUCCUACUGUUUGAGAUGAAAGUGAAAUAUUUUUCUCCUGAUUUUGACUGAUACCAUAUAAAUAUAAAUAUAUAUGAUUUAUAGACAUAUUUUAUCGAUUGGAAAAUACUGUAAUUGAUGUAAGAACCUGAAGAUGCUGAAGACGAAGCAUCAUGCCCUAGCUGUGUGAGUCUCCGUCUGCUGGGUAACUGUCGGGUUUACAGGUGUAGUUUAUGUUUCAACAUGUCAUUCUGUAGCCGGGAUGUUUAAGUCCUCUCUCAAGAACUGACGCUGAACUACAUUUAAAGUCUCAAGGAAAUUAGAAUAACAAGGUGUUACGUUUUUUUUAAAUCGGAGUACAAACAUGUGCUGGUGAUUUUUAGUGUAGUUCUUUUGUUUUUGUUUUUAAAAGGGGCAUUUCCAAAUCUUUAACCUUUUGUUGAUCUCUGUCUAUGACCACUACGCUCUGCAGCAACAUGUUCACAUCUCAUCUGCAAGUCACAAAAACAUAACAAGAAAAGUCAGGCAGUGAUGGCGUACUCCUGCUAAAAUUACUACUCACCCAUAUCUGACGUUAAGUACCCAUAACGUUCUGUGUUGGACGAAGUUUGAACAUUAAAAUAAAAAAACACGAAGAAGUUUAGUUUGUCUAUUUCAGCGGAUAUAUUUCUACAAAAGACGCCUUUUUUUUUUAUUAAGCACCAAUUUUGAAACAAUCAAGUCUUCUCCAAAACGACACAUCUUAAAACAUCUCAUUCAUCUCAUACACAUCGUAUAAAGAUCCAAUCUUAACCUGACAACCCGAUUUAUUUCAAACAUGUUUGAUAUGUAGAAUUUAAAAUCUUAACGAUUACGUCAUGAAAAGUCGUGUGUGGCGAGGGAGGACAGUAAUGGAGAACGGGGGCAUGAUGGAAUAAAACAAAAAAAAAAAUGCACCUGACGGUUAUAAUCUGACCUCCAGCUCUUUCUGAAGAAUAGAAAGUUCCUGUUGUCCGUGUCUCCCCAGACAUUUUCUUCACCCAAAGUUAAAAUAGAAGGAAUGUUUGACGUCAUGGAAGAGUUUAAGGACUUUUUUUUAAUAAAGUCAGAUUUCUCCAAACAACAACAAAAGAUGUUCCACCUCUGGUUUAAUUUUCUUACCCCGACACUAAAAGUUCAACUUUAUCCCUGACUUUUACACUUAUCAUCAAAACAAAACUAAAAAACUACAAUUACCUACUCCAACUCCCCACCUCAUAUUUUUUUGGGAGUGGUUUGAAGAUCACUCUGGUUAAACUGGUCUGCACUAAAAUACAACCUAAAGGAAAAUCUGUAUUUUUCAGUCAGCCUGUCUUAUAAUUGUACCCUCACCACAACAUUUAUUAGUGCUGAUAAAGAACACCACUGAGCUUUUUGUAGCUUAACAGACACAUACAGAUGUUGUAAUUUAAAGUUUCAUUUCACACUGAGGGGGCAGGAGGUUUGAAACAGCUCGUGCACGUCAAAAGGCAGAGUCUAAAAAUGACCAAAAUCUAAGAAACUGGCCUCCACAGAGACGUAUGUUUUCUGUGCUCUGAUGCAACACAAAACAAACCUUUAAGGAUAUUAUUUUGGGAGCCUGAGAGGAUGAGACAUGUUAAAUGUUGCUCCUGCAUUUCUGUGAGAUCAGCUGUCGACUGUAUGACUUGAAGAAGGUGUUUAAAAUCCCCAAGGUGAAGAAACUAUUCUGCAGUAAAAACUGUAAAUCAACACACAUGUAUUUAAUGUAAAAAUCCCCCUCUACGCAGUUCAAAAAGCGUCUCUCAUUAACGACGUCUCUGUCCUCUUAGUCAUGCACAUUAAAUAUCUCAGCAGUGACGGUCCAGUCCAGUUCAUUCAGAGGGUCAUUAUGCAAAAAGUCCGGACGUUCACACCACUUUAUGCAAGCUGUCCACUCUCAUGUCGCUUUUGCCAAUGCUGCUCGUUAAUUUAUGAUUCAUGCCACUGUAAAUAAAUUAUUUUUAUGGA